UUCUCUCUGCGUUUACCUCUCUCAACCUCUCACUUUCCUGUCCCACUGUCAGCUGGUCGGAAUAACACCGCUCUUUACUCUCGUCGGGAAAGUCAACACUGUAUUUGUACAUCUGUGACUAGAGUCCUGAUCCUCUCUCUUCAGGACAGCACCGUAAGGGAAGCCUCAGAAGGUGGGCUGGUGUGACUUUCUCCUCAGCAGUCAUGGGGAGGUCAGGAGAGAUCUGGAUUUGGUCGCUGGGGAAGGCCUUAUGGUUGUUACUCACCCUCCUCCUGUUUAUUACCUACAUCCAUGGUCUUUCUCCACCACAGCCAAGGGUCCUCUUGUCAUUUCAAGAACUACAUAAAACCCAGUCUUUUGAGCACUACACUUUGUCCGAGAGGGCAAUGGAUUACAGAAUACUUUACGUGGAUGAAGACCAAGACCGUAUGUAUGUGGGCUGUAAGGAUCAUCUACUCUCAAUGGAUAUCAACAACAUCACCCAGAGCACAUUGAAGAUUCUCUGGCCAGCAUCCACCAGUAAAGUCGAAGAGUGUCAGAUGGCUGGCAAAGACCCCACACACGGCUGUGGAAACUUCAUAAGAGUAAUCCAGCCCUAUAACAGGACGCAUCUGUUCAUCUGCGGCAGUGGAGCCUUCAGCCCGGUUUGUGCAUAUGUUAACCGUGGCAGGCGUCCUGAGGAACAAGUAUUCCACAUCUCUUCACGAGCUGAAUCAGGAAAAGGGAGGUGCUCCUUCAACCCACAAGUCAACACUGUUUCAGUCAUGCUCAAUCAGGAGUUGUUUUCUGGAAUGUACAUUGACUUCAUGGGGACUGACGCUGCUAUCUUCAGAAGCCUAACCACCAGGAAUGCUGUCAGGACGGACCAACAUAACUCCAAAUGGCUGAGUGAGCCAGAGUUUAUUGAUGCCCACUUAAUUCCUGACGGCUCCGACGUGAACGACGCCAAGCUUUACUUCUUUCUGCGUGAGAGACUGACUGACAGCAGUGGAAACACUAAGAACAUCCACACCAUGGUGGCUCGUGUUUGCCCUAAUGAUACGGGUGGACAACGCAGUCUGGUGAACAAGUGGACCACGUUCUUGAAGGCUCGCAUGGUGUGUUCAGUCCUGGAAGAAGAUGGCACUGAGACCCACUUUGAUGAACUUGAGAAUGUGUUUCUUUUGGAGACGGAUCACCCAAAGGGCCUACUCCUCUUUGGAGUCUUCACCUCCACAAGUUCUGUAUUCAGAGGAUCGGCUGUCUGUGUGUACAACAUGGCUGACAUCCUGACGGUCUUCAAUGGACCGUUUGCACACAGGGAAGGGCCCAACUUCCAGUGGGUGGCUUUCCAGGGCCGGAUCCCGUACCCACGACCGGGAACUUGUCCUGGUGGCGCGUUCACGCCUCACAUCCAGAGUACCAAAGAGUUUCCAGAUGAUGUCGUGACAUUUGUGAGGAAUCAUCCGGUCAUGUUUAAUCCCAUUUACCCGGUCGGCAAGAAGCCUCUGGUGGUGCGGACGCAUGCCGAUUACAAGUACACCUCCAUAGCUGUGGACCAGGUCACCGCUUCAGACGGACACUAUCAGGUCCUCUUUCUGGGAACAGAUAAAGGCACAGUGCAGAAGGUCGUGGUUUUGCCAUCGAACGGCUCUCUGGAAGAUGAUCUGAUCCUGGAGGAGCUGGAAGUGUUUAAGAAGCCGUCUCCCAUCACCAACCUAAGAAUUUCUUCUAAAAAGCAACAACUUUACGUUAGCUCUGAGCACGGAGUUUCUCAGGUGUCUUUGCACCGCUGCAACGCAUACGGCUCUGCCUGUGCCGACUGCUGUUUAGCGCGGGACCCGUACUGCGCCUGGGACGGACUCAGCUGUUCACGAUUUUACCCCACUGGCAAAAGGAGAAGCAGAAGGCAGGACAUUAUGCACGGAAAUCCACUAACCGAGUGUAGAGGGUUCAAUCUGAAAGCCUACAGGAAUGCAGUGGAGAUGACCCAGUAUGGAGUUAAAAACAACACCACGUUCUUGGAGUGUCAACCCAAAUCUCCUCAGGCAUCAGUUAAAUGGCUGAUUCAGAGAGAUAAUGAUCGCAGGAAGGAGGUGAAGCUAAGCGAUCGUGUGGUGUCCACCAACCACGGUCUGCUCAUCCGUUGGGUGCAGACUUCUGAUCGGGGCCUGUACUACUGUCUGGCCACAGAAAACGGCUUCAAGCGCACGCUUGCAAAGAUCCGUCUACAGGUGCUGAGCGAGGCUCUUGUCACUGCCUUGAGCGACAAACAACAGUCUCCCUGGGGCUGGACUGCCGCGUUGCACCCCAAAGCCCUGGUCUCAGCCUUCACCCCGUCUGAGACGUUGGCCAUGCACCAAUUCUGCAAGGAGCGCAAACAGCUAAAUAGUUUACAGAAUCUGCAGAGUCCCACGAGAGGUGAUCUGGGUAAACUCAAACCGCUGCUGGACCACAGGAAGAGCAGGAACCGUCGAAACCACUUACUGGAGCAGUUUAUGGGUGCAUAAAAAGACUUAAAGAAGAAGGGAAGUAAACAAAAAGGAUGAAAAGGUACAAAGACAUUCAAGAGGUAGGAGUACAAGAGGUAGUUAGUUGGUGGAGAAUCUUUUCUGAUGUGAAACUCCGUUUUUUUUUAAGCUCAAAGCACCUUCUCUUGUGCUUCCUGUACAACGGUCUUAUGUGCAUGAGGAACGCCCAGACCAGAGGACUCUGAGCUAUCCUCACACACACACAUACGCACAGGCACUCAAACAAAUUUGUGUUUCAUGCUGCAAUAUACAAAAGCUGAAAAUGCUAUACAGUUGUGCUGUAAUUUUAAGUUUAACUUGUAUGUUAUGUUUAAAGGACACACCAGAAAGUAAGGAAAAAAUAAGGCCCAUGAAAUAUCUUAAUGAGCGGUUUUCUGUCCUGUAUUGACCGAUUUCGUACUACAAGCUGGGCUGGAACGUAUUUGCAGGCUUUGCUGUUACCUUUUAAUAGCAGUACGUCAUGAAACGUAAUUUAUUAUCUGCUAACUGGUGGUGGUAAGGGAGCAUUCUUUUUCUAGAGAUCGGAUGGAAAGUUUGGACACAACUAGGUCAUCAGUGUGUAUUUGCUAAGAGAAAGACUGUAGUUUUAAGUGUGUGUACAGUGUAUCUGCAAAUUGGAUAAAUGUUAAACAUGCAUUAUAUAGAUGGUCUCCAACUUAAAAGACAUGAACUAAAAGGUCUCAAUUACUUGGAAUCUUCUAUAUCACUAUAUACAUAGUCAGAUGUCCUAUACAUCCAAUUUGCACACUACAGGGUCUGUUUGCAACACAAUAUAGCAGUAUUAAUGUAAAUCUACCUACAACUUCUCAACACAUCUUACUGGACGGGGCUGUAUUAAAUAUAAUUUGUAUAGUUUUUCUAAUAUUGAUCAAUCAUCAUCCAUCAUUCAGAAGAACACUGUAUGCAUACAGUAUGUGAAGUACAGUAAAACAUUGUUUUGUGACAAAUGAAUGGUUUAUGGUCACUCAAGAAUUUAUAAGAUAUUUCUUGGAAGCUGAAAAACACACAGAUCAAAAUACAUUAACCCAGCUGCACUGCAGAUGUUCAUACUGGAAGUGAGGGGGAGAGAAUAAAGUUUCGGAAGUGUGAUACAGUAACUGUACCAUCUUAGAGAGUUGGCUGUCUAAGCCCAACUGUAUAAAUACUAUUGGUCUGCUUGGGAAACUUUAAUUCCAGCUAGGUAGCUUUAAAGACAGUCUAAAUCCCUUAAGUAUUUGUGAAUGUUUUCUUUCUUAAGUAUUGCAAAGUUUGGGAUGGUAUACUGAACCAGGAGUUGGAUUGUUCUGGAUAGCACUCUUCACUAUAGAGGCACAUGCACUAUAGUUUGUUUAACAAUGUAAAACAAAUGAACAUACAUGAUAAAACGUCUCGGGUUACGUAUGUAACCCUUGUUCCCUGGGAAGGGAACGAGACGCUGCGUCGCCAUAGAGACGCUGUGGCAGCAGGGCAGGCGGCUGCAUCUAUGCAUCACGGCCGAACCCGCAAAGCGUCUCUAUGGCGACGCAGCGCGAGUUCCCUCGAAAGGGAACCUAUACGACUCUGAGAGUUAUAAUGGCAUCAGUAUAUCACAAGCCAUAUGUACCUUUCUGUUUUUUAUUGGAUUUUUGUUCACUUGCGCUGGGUUGUUUUAACUUGGUUGGGUCAAAUAAGUACAAACACAACCGUUGGGUUUAAAUCAAUCUUUGCUGGGUUGUUUCAACCAAUAGUUUGUUAAAAUUUUCAGUGUUAUUUAAACUAACAGUUGUUUCAUAUUUUACCCAACAAGAGUUGAAACAACUCAGACUUUUUUACCGAAGUAUUAUUCAUAGCAUUUACUUUUUGGCGCUUUAAAAUCCUGUAAAAAAGUUGGUUCAACUUAAAAAGAUUAGAUUAAUUCCUACACUGUAAAAAAAUUUUGUUAGUUCAACUUGAAAAGUAAGUUACCUGGUUUCCUUAACAUUUAUUUCAAGUUUUUUCAACUUAAAAUUAUUAGUUUACACAACAUAAUUUACACAACUUAAACUGUAAACUAAUAUUUUUCAUUAACUCAAACUUUUAAGGCAACUAAGUAACUUACUUUUCAAGUUGAACUAACAAAUAAUUUUUUACAGUGUAAAAAUUAAUCUAAUGUAUUCAGGCUUUAUUAAUAUACACAGUAAAAUCAUUUGUAUUUAAAAUAUGAAAAAUGCAGCACUUUUGUUAUAUCAACAUAACUUUUUUAGUUAAAGUAGCAUAAAAAUAUAAUUUACAACAAUAUCAAGUUAUAUCAACUUUUCACAGGUCAAAACUUAAAAUAGUAUGUUGAAUUGACUUGCAAAACCAAGUUGUUUUAGCUUCAUGCUGCAUUUCUUUUUACAGUGUAAUAAUUUACCUUUUUUAACCCCGCAUUUACAUUUUUCAUAUUUAUUAGAUCAAUAUCGUUAACUAAUAGAACUCGAAACAAGUUGUUUUAAUUGUCCAUCUGUGGAAAUGAAGCAACCUUAGUCCACAUUGGCUGUUAAAGUCACCUUAAACGUUACUUUUUGAUAUUUCUAAGAUGCUAAUGUUUCUGAAACUGUACAAAGUUAAUAAAUGUGACCCUGUCUUAGAAAUCCAGGCUGAAGUCUUAAAAUCUAAUUAUGAGAUCAGGAGCAUCAAAGUUUGAUUUCAAUCAUUACCUUACUCAGCCAAUAUUAAAGAUAUGAAGGUUAUAUUUUCACAGAAUGUUGUUUACAUUAUGUUUUAUGUAAAAAAAAAAGUAAGUUGGGUUUUUACAGGCAAAGUCACAUAUAUUUAAAAAGUUAGUUAGGUAGCCACUGAUGCAAUCUUAUGAUGCAGAUGAUGACUUCCUUUGACACCCCAGGUAUACCACAUGCACAUUGUUUCAUUGUUUCAUUGUUAUAAAGGCACAUGUUAGCUGAUGAAUGUUGUGUUCAUAUGUUUCGGUUUGUUCAGUAUGCACAGCUGUAAUGUGAUUAUUGUGUUGCACAUGACAUUCAGCUGACAUUUAGGAUGUAGAAAUGUAAGGAUUGUACAGGUUUUACGUUGUUUUGAUGUUUAUGUAACUUAUGUCUUUUUGUACUUUGAGUGCUUGUGUUUUUAAAACACAUUUGUGUUUGUAAAUAGUUUUUAAAUUCAGUUUCUGAUCAGACAUUGACAUUCAGUUAACUUUGAUUUCGCAGUAAAGUUCUGUGUGAUUAUUAUGGUACAUUUAACUCCUAAAUUAAAAUGUAUUUUAAUGCAAAAAUACUACAGAUAGUUUUGACUGAAUCUGCAUUUUGCAGAACUACACGUUUCACAUUCUUAGUUUUCAGUGGCAUUUUGUCCUCUCUCCAAAGUGCUGUAAAAAUGAAAAUUGUUUUCGUAUUAUACCAUAACAAAUAUGACGCUGUAUCCCUGUGAAUGUUAAUGAUAAUUUUAUCCAAAUGUUUUGAUUUAUGUAUUCCUAUUUAUUAAUGAUAUAAGCCUGAACAACUGCAUUAAAACUAUUUCAACCUGUCA